AUGUUCGAUUGGGAUGAAGUGCCGGACGACAUUGCGGACUACGUCGCUGUUGAGCAGCCCGACUCCGACAGGGAGGAGCCCGCCACGCCUGUGAGAGAGAGCCGUGUCGACCUUGGCCCUGGCUGUCUUGAGCUGGGCGGCGUUUUUCUGGAGAAGAACCUCGCUGAGUCCUCGGCCCUCUCAGCCCUGGUGCCGUCAAUCUCCGAAGGGGCACCGGAGCCGACCCAAGCAGAACUGGAGACUCUGCGAUGGAUGAUGCAGAAGGCCACCAUGAAUCAGGACAUGUUUUUGCUCGGCCCACCCGGGCCGCGUGUUCGGCACCUGGUGCAUCACUUCUGUGCCCUUUUCGGCCGUCAGGUGGAGUACGUUGGCAUCAACAGCGACACAAGCGAGGCAGACCUAAAGCAGCGACGUGACAUUUGUGAUGUCUUGCGCUUUUUGUUUCGGCUCUCAACGUCCCCAAGUUGCAGCGUUGCAGCCAUGGCGUCAGAAGGCGAUCGUGCGAACGCCAUGGGCUCCUUCAACGUCGGACCCGAAACGCAUCUGGCGGCUGCGUUAAUUCCGGAUAUGGAGGAGGCCAGGCUGUGCAGAAGAGAGUUCGCUGUCAUGAGCUGGACGUUCGCCAUCAACCACGCCACGGUAACAACACCAAUAUUGUACGCAUCUUCCGUGCUGACCAAUUCGGCCGGCCAGGCAGGAAAUGCAAUGCUCUAUGGAGCCACUCUGGUUUGCAGCCUCUUUUUCUCUGCACUGGUGUUCAGCCUCAUCGGAGCGAAGAAAGGCUUAUCUUUGUCGAUGGGGCUGUACGCAGUUUACGUCGGUCUGUUCGCAACGGCCGCAUCAAUGUGUGCCGAAAAGGAUGCCAAAACCGGCUCCUGCAUUGAGGGUAUGGACCUGCAGUUGCCAACCAUGCUGCUGGGAGCAUUGAUAGGCGGCAUCGGUGCCGGCAUCCUUUGGACAUGUCAGGGUGCAUUCUUCAGCUCCGUUUGUGAGCGGGUGGCCAAAGCUGAGGGGAAGGAGGCGCAGGCUGUUACAGCAGAGUUUGCUGGGUCGUUUGCUCUGGUGUUCUUAGCCAUGGAGAGCUUAGUCAGAGCGUCAGCAACCAUCCUGACCAAGUAUGCCCAUUUGGACUACUCGGUUGUCUUUUACAUCUUCUCUGGCCUGGCAGUGGCGUCAACUGUUGCGUUUAUGGCCUUGGCAACCAACUUCGAGAAGCCUGCCCAGCGCGGGUCAGUCUUUGCGAAGGUUUUGAGUGCAGUCGCGCUUUGGAGUGAUCCAAAGAUCUGGGUCCUACAGUGCACCAAUUUGACAUUCGGAUUUGCAGCUGCAUGGCUUGGUGGCUAUGUAGGGAGGAACAUCCUCACACCGGCGCUAAGCAGCGAAUUCAUCGGCUUCGCCGGUGCGAUGCUGUCGGGAUUGGCAAGCGUGCUGUCCAAAGUCUUCGGUGUGACUGCUGCGAAGACCGGCAAGGGGCCUGUUGUCGCCUUGGGAGCUGUCAGCUUUCUUCUCCUGGGUGUUCUAAGCAGGUAUUUGGGGCAUCCAGCGACCUGGGGGUGGGGCGUCUUGGUGUUCUACGUCUUCAUGGGGAUUGGCAGAGCCGUAUACGAGAGUACGAACAAGGCGAUUUUUGCAGAUUUCUUCCCUGGGGAGGCGAGCCCGGGUGCCUUUGCCAACGUCUUCGUCUUCGGCACCGGUGCGUCCACAGCAGCCUUUAUUCUUGGAGCCACACAGCAGGACCAGGCAGAGGAUUGGCUGCUCAUCCUCUUCGCGAUCUUGACCAUCCCUGGCUACCUCGUAGCCUCGCUCAUCAGCAGAAAGGAGGACGGUGAAACCACUGACAGCUCCUCAUGCUAG